AUGGCCCCCCACAAUGGCCUCGUGCACGCCAAGGAGUACGACAUCAAGGACAGCAACGUCGAGCUGAUUGGCACCGACAUUGACCACCGCGUCAAGUACGCCUCGGCCGCCACGGAGCCCGCCUGGAACAACGGCGUCGUCGGCGUGCAGCCGGGCCUCUUUGUCUGGCGCAUCGAGGACUUCCAGGUGGUGCCGGUGCCGGCGCGCGGCGUCGGUCUCUUCUACGACGGCGACAGCUACAUUGUGCUGCACUCGUACCAAGUCGGCCGCGACACGCGCACCCCUACGCUCGGCCACGAAAUCUUCUUUUGGCUCGGCAGCUACACGUCCCAGGACGAGGCCGGCACCGCCGCGUACAAGACGGUCGAGCUCGACGAGUUUCUGCACGGCGCCGCCACGCAGCACCGCGAGCUGCAGGCGAGCCCGUCCGCCGCCUUCCUGGCGGUCUUCCCGCAGCGCCUGACCAUCCGCCGCGGCGGCGUGGCCACGGGCUUCACCCACGUCGAGGAACCUGCUGAGGCCACGCCCUCCAAGAAGACGAUGCUGCUGCGCGUUUUCAAGCAGCCGGGCGCCCGCACCGACGGCGGCAUUGUCGUGCACGAGGUGCCCGCGCAGCCGACCAGCCUCGACGACGACGACGUCUUUGUCCUCGACGCCGCCGGCAGCGACGCCCUCUACGUGUGGCAGGGCCGCCGGUGCAGCCCCAUGGAAAAGGCCAAGGCCGCCGAGGUCGCCCAGGACCUGCUGACGCCCGCACACACGGGCGGCGUGCAGGUGCUCGCCCAGGACGAGGGCCGGGCCGGCGUGGUGCUCCGUCUCCUCGCACAGGAGGCACAGGGCGGCGGCAGCCUCGAGUCGAGCGCCCGUGCGGCGACGUCGUUCCGGUCCGACCGGCCGGUGGCCUCGACGCGGUCGAACCAGCCCCCGCGCCCCCAAAAGCUGUGGCGCCUCAGCGACGCCUCGGGCCAGCUCUCGUUUGACCUCGUGCGCGACGGCGCCGCGUCGCUGCGCGACUUUGACGGCCGCGACGUCUUCUUGUGGGACGACGCCGGCCGCGAAGUGUGGGUCUGGGAAGGCCGGGGCGCGAGCGCGGCCGAGCGCGCCCAGUGGCUGCGUGUGGCCCAGGCGUACGUGCGGCAGCUGGCGGCGGGGGGCGACGAGGGGUAUCUGACGCCCGUCGCCAAGGUGCGCGAGGGCUACGAGAGCCCGGCGUUUCUGCAGUCGCUGCAGGCCGCGGCGUAG